CCAUGAGCCUUAGCGCUUCAUGCUGCUAUGUGUGUUUCUGAAUCACACUGAUGGUGUUUGUAAAUAAAUAAUCGAAGAUUUUAGAAGUCAUGUACAGGUUCUGGAUGAUAUGAGGAUGUCUGAGCUGUUUAUGGAGUGCGAGGAGGAGGAGUUGGAGCCAUGGCAGAAGGCGAUACCAGAAAUCAAUCUGAUUGAUGAUGAUGAUGAUGAUGAACCAAUAUUUGUUGGUGAAAUCUGUAGCUCUAAGCCUACAGUCAACACAAGGCCAAGGGCUGGUAACCAGCAGAGUCAGCGUAAUGUGACGAUCCAAAGCCCCUCAUCAUUGGCAUUGCCUCAAAAGACUCCACAGACUCAGUCUGGGGUUGCUUCAGGUCCUACAAUUAUGUUCAGAGGUCCAGCCCCAUCCGGAGGCAACCCUAUCCUCAUACCCAUCAACCCUUCUCAAACAGCCCCGCAACCCAUCAUUAUUAACAAUCAGGGUUAUAUUGUAGCAUCACCACUCAAUCUCAACAACAGCAGCUCAUUCAUCACCUCUUUGGGGUCACAGUAUCCAGUGGGAACAACUAUCACUGUUGUUCCAGCAGGUCAGCAGAUAAUUCCGCAGGCCAUUGCAGCACCAAAGCCAGGGGUCAUUCACAGGCCUCAGGUGCAGCUUAUCCAGGACAAUGUGGUGACCUUGUCCAAUGUACGGGCUCCUGCUGACAUUUCUCAGCUAUCCCACACCACUCCAGACCAUCGGCCCGCUCGUACCUCGCAAAACAAACCGGGUAUUAUUCCAGCAAGUCUAGCCAAGCAGAAAACCUCAUCACUACAAACUAUGAACAACAGAGAUAAUGGCACAGUGACAAAUGACACAAACAACAGAAUAGAAAAGCUCGACACAGAUUCUGAGUUUCCCUUCAAAAAGAAAUGUCCGAGAUGUCAGAAUAUGUUUGGGCUUCAGGCUUUAAAAAAUCAUAUAAAGAUUUGCUGCCCUCAUUUGUUCGACUCUGUGUUCCCUUCAACGUCAAAACCCGACAAACCGGCCACAGCAAUUGUAGUAAAAGUCAAUGAAUGUGACAAAGGCAAACUUAUAAUGCUGGUUUCAGACUUCUACUAUGGGAGAUGUGAAGGGGACUCAUCUCUGAUCCCAAAAGUCAAGAUAACCACAACCACCUUCAAGUGUAACAGCUGUUUAAAAAUGCUCAAGAACAACAUCAGGUUCAUGAAUCACAUGAAGCAUCACCUGGAGUUGGAGAAGCAGAACAGUGAGAGCUGGGAGAGUCACACUACAUGUCAACAUUGUUACCGGCAGUAUUCAACUCCAUUUCAACUCCAGUGUCACAUAGAGAGUGCACACAGUCCAUUUGAGUCCACCACAAACUGUAAAAUAUGUGAAUUGGCUUUUGAGACGGAACAAGUUCUUCUGGAACAUAUGAGGGACAAUCACAAACCUGGAGAAAUGCCUUAUAUGUGUCAGGUUUGCAACUACAGGUCAUCCUUCUUCUCUGAUGUGGACAACCAUUUCCGCACAGUUCAUGAAAACACUAAAGACCUGCUUUGUCCCUUUUGCCUGAAAGUCCUUCGCAGUGGCCAUAUGUACAUGCAACACUACAUGAGGCAUCAAAAAAAAGGCAUUCAAAGGUGUGGGAAGUGCAGGUUAAAUUUUCUCACCUACAAGGAAAAAGUGGAACACAAAACACAUUUCCAUCGAACUCAUAAGAAGCCAAGGAAACUUGAAGGGCUGCCUCCAGGAACCAAGGUGACGGUUCGGGCCUCACUUACUGGCACGCCUAUGUUUUCCGACAGUUCGAGCAAGGCCUACGUCGUGCCCACAAGUCCCGAAACAACCAAACAUUCCAGCAGAACAACAACAAAGACAGCCAAAUCCACCUUGAAUGGUGGAAAAACAAAACAACCUACAAACCAAUUAAUGUCGAACCGAACCCUUCACAAUAAUGAGCUUAAACGUUUAAAACUUCCAGAAGGGAAAUAUACGUGUGCCGAGUGUCUCACUUUGGUUGUGAAUCCUUUCAUUCAUUACCCUUUGACACUGAAGUGCACCAUAUGCAGGUACAGAACAAGUUGCCAGAAUGCAUUUGGACAGCACAUGAUCAGGUUUCACAGCAGUUCUUCAAAAACAAGAUUUGGUAAAGUGAGGAAGCCUCCGCAUGGUCUACGGAAUCUGACGCUGGUAUGUCUCAAGUGUGAUUUUUUGGCAGACGCCUCUGGCGCUGACCAGAUGACUGAACAUUUGCUCAACAGGCCAAACCACACCUGCCAGGUCAUCAUGGAGCCAGUUGCCAAUGGAGGAGCAGAAAUCAAGAGGUCAUUGGAGACCAAAGACUAUGACCAACUACUUUGCGUAAAGAAAGAUUCUGAGAUAAUGGAGGAUGAGACAGAGUUUAUUCAAAUCACUGAUGUACAAUCUAUAUCAAACAUGGACAACAUGACUGCAGAUGAUUGGUCACAGGUUUUUGAAACUGAGCAAAAGGACUCGGAUAAGUUAAAUGAUGAGACAGUGGAGACCACACCCAAUGUGUCAGAAGAGAAAUCACCCAAGAGCCUUCCCCCUCACUCACCCUCUGAGGCUCCUGUCAGCCCCGUGCGUUCCCUCACUGAUGAAGGUGGGGUAACUCCCUCUGACUUUCUGUGUACAGCUGAUGAAACGGAGUCUGUGAACACGGACUCACAACUGGAACCCCUCACACCAUCUAAGGUCCUAGAGGACAACACCACUGAGAACUCACAAAUGGAGACAGAUGGUUAACUGUAACCCAGUACAAACAGGAACAAGGAUUUCUGGAAGCACAGGAAGACUCUAGAAGCAGCAGAGUUUCUCGUGGCCUCUCUUUCCAUUUUUGAUAAAAUAUACAUUAAUAGGAACUUCGAUUCUGGAUCCAAAAUGAGAUGAAAGCAUUAUGUUUGUGUAAAUAGUCUUAUGUCUAAUGUUGCUGUACUUAUAUAAAUUUUAAGAUGCAGUGUCUAGUCUGAAACGGUGUUGCAAGGGUAGUGAUUGUGAAUGUUCUUAUACAUAUGAUUGUUUUAAAUCUUUUUGCCCCACAGUUAUGAUCUGUAUUUGGACUGGAUUUGGUUUUGAUAGGACAAAGACCAAGUUCAGCAAUUUCUCAGUAUACUGUACUUUUAAACAGUAAAAUGCCUCACGUUUUUAUUAUUUUCAUUAUUUUAGUGAUUUUGUUUCAUGUUUACGUAUUUCAUAGGACCCUGGAUAGAGGAUCAUUUCUUCCAUUACUCGAGAAUGAAAGCAAUGUAGAGUCUUUUAGAGACUGUUUGUCUUAUUCAGUAAUAAACUUUUGU